AUGGCCGCCGGAGUCGCCUUCGACAUCAUUGUCAUCUUCUUCAAGCUCGCGGUUCUGAACAUCUUCUUCCGCGAGAUCCGCCCGCGUGGAGCCUGGAACAUUCCCAAGGAAGGCCCAGUCCUCUUCAUCUGCGCCCCCCAUGCCAACCAGUUCCUCGACCCGCUGCUCCUCUUCACCGAGGUGCGGCGCGAGUCGGGCCGUCGCACAGCGAUUCUGACCGCUGCCAAGUCGAUGGAGCGCAAGUUUAUCGGAUUCAUCGCUCGCCUGUUCAACUCGAUCCCCGUCUCUCGUGCCGCCGACUAUGCCAAGUCGGGCUCUGGCCGUGUGACGCUCUCCGACGACAACCCUCUCCUCAUCACGGGCGUCGACACCAAGUUUACCACCCAGGUCAAGCCCAAUGGCCAGAUUGUGCUGCCCAAGUGUGUCAACUAUGCCACGGCGCCGAUUGCCGAGGUCAUUAGCGACACCGAGCUGCUCCUCAAGAGCGAGCUCAGCAUCCCUUCCAAGGACGGCAAUUCGAACAUUAAGGCUACCAGCCGUGUCCGCGUUCAGAUGAAGGCCAACGAGGGUCUCGAGUACAAGCUCCUCCCCCACGUCGACCAGGAGCAGACCUUUGGCGCCGUCUUUGAAGAGCUCAAGCGCGGCGGCACCAUCGGCAUCUUCCCCGAAGGCGGCUCGCACGACCGUACCGACUUUUUGCCCCUCAAGGCUGGCUUUUCUAUCAUGGCCCUGGGCGCCAUGGCCGCCAACCCUGGUCUCGACGUCAAGCUCGUUCCCGUCGGUCUGUCCUACUUCCACGCCCACAAGUUCCGUUCGAGGGCCGUGGUCGAGUUUGGCACCCCCAUCACUGUGGACCCCGAGUUUGUCGACAUGUACAAGCAGGGCGGCCCCAAGAAGCGCGAGGCCUGUGGAAAGCUGCUCGAGCAGGUCCACGACGGUCUCCGCGCUGUCACUCUCCGUGCCCCAGACUGGGAGACUCUCCAGGUGGUCCAGGCCGCCCGUCGUCUCUACCGCGUCCCCGGCCAGUACCUUACCAUUGGCCAGACUGUCCAGCUCAGCAAGUACUUUAUGGAGGGCUACCUCAAGUACCAGGACGACCCGCGUAUCAUCGACCUCCGCGAGCGCGUGGUCAAGUAUAACCGUCUUCUCCGCGACAUGGGCAUUGCCGACCACCAGGUGGAGCGCGCGUCCAACCGCAGCGUCCAGUCGCUUGUUCUUCUUCUCUACCGCACCGCUCUCCUGCUCUGGUGGGGUCUUCUCGCCCUUCCCGGCGGCAUUCUCCACGCGCCCGUCUUCAUCCUCGCAAAGGUCAUCUCCCACAAAAAGGCCAAGGAGGCCCUCGCCGCGUCCAGCGUCAAGGUCCAGGCCCGCGACGUUCUCGCUUCGUGGAAGGUGCUCGUCUCGCUCGCCGUCGUGCCAACCCUCUACGUUGUUUACGCCAUCAUUGCCACCGUUUACGCCUACAAGCACGACUUGGCAAAGGGCUGGCUCAAGUGGGUGCCCCUCGUCACCUUUUGCGUUCUCCCGGCUCUUGGCUACGCUGCCCUCAAGUUUGGCGAGGCCGGCAUGGACGUCCUCAAGUCCCUCCGCCCCCUCUUCAUCUCCAUCGUGCCCGGCAACCAGCAUGAAAUCAAAAAGCUGCGCAAGAUGCGUGAGGACAUUACCGAGGAGAUUAGCUCGGUCGUCGACGAGUUUGGUCCCAAGAUGUUUGACAACUUUGACCGCACCCGCAUGAUGCCCCAGGCCGCGAGCCCCACGCCUCGCUCGCCCACGUUUGAUGCGCUCUCCCACCCUAUCGCCUGGCUUGACGACCGUGUGUUUGGUUGGAGCCGCCGCGGGUCCGCCGCACAGGCAUGGCAGGGUUCGGACCCCCUCCGUUCGCCGCGCUCCGAGCCCUCCACUGCCCCCGGCAGUCCUCACGACUCGGACGACGAGAUGGACGCCGAUGUCGACUACGACGACGUCCUCGCCGUCGUGGACACGCGCACGCGCAAGCGCACAGGCCGCUCGUACAGCGACCUUUCUCACCUGCGUGCCGGCAUCUCCCCCGAGUACACCAUGUCGGCGCUCCCCGCCGACGUUCCCGUCGAGUCGACCGCCACCGAGGCCGACGACACUGACGGCCUUACCCACCGCAAGAACGUGUCCAAGCCUGAAGCGCUUGUCAGUGGCGACGAUGCCCUUGGCCUGUACAAGGGCGAGUAG